AUUCUCUAUCCUCGAACCUCGAGUGGAAAUCGUUAAGCUUCGUAUUUGUUAGUUGUGGCAAAUCUGAAUUUAGUCAGUUUGUUGUUAGAGAGUGUGUAGUGCUGGAGGGGCAUAGCAAGCUGUGUUCGAUAUAUUUAUCGGCUUGAUUGUGUUCUCUGUUUUUCAUGUUUUCUUUCGUGCUUUCCUGUCCCGUACAUUAUUAAAGAAAAGUAUAAUUUUGAAUCGAUAAAUAUGUAAAACUGUGUACCGUGUUUAGUUGGAUAUUUGUUAAACCAUUCAAAAUUUGAAAAUACCCUACCAAACAUAAUAUUUGACAGCUGUUGAAAUUAUAGUUGAUCAGGUAGAAAGUUCGUUAACGUUUGUUCGAAACUGUCGAAGUUGACGUUUUUAGUUUGUUUAUAAGUGAUUAAUUUUUUUAUAACAAAUAUGUUGGGAUUUACUCCUUCUAAAGAUGGACUAUUACAAAUCAAAGAUGAUCUACUCUCUUCUUUGGUCCAGAAGGAACCUAUUACAGGAGUAUACGAUUUGGACAAAACACCACUUGGCAGGGGAAAAUAUGCAACUGUUUGGCGUGCGGUACACAAAAAAACGGGAACGGCUUACGCGGCGAAAUUUGUGAAAAAGCGACGAAGAAAUCAGGACCAAAUGAAGGAAAUCGUUCACGAAAUAGCCGUUUUAAUGCAAUGCAAAUCAACCAAUAGAGUGAUAAGGCUACACGAAGUAUAUGAAUCCGUCACCGAAAUGGUUUUGGUAUUAGAAUUAGCCGCAGGCGGCGAACUCCAGCACAUACUCGACGUUGGACAGUGUUUAGGAGAGGUAGAGGCUCGUAAAGCUAUGAAGCAAAUUCUAGAAGGUGUGGCCUACUUACACGAUAAAAAUAUUGCUCAUUUGGACCUCAAACCACAAAACCUACUGCUAUCGGUACAAGACUGCUGUGAUGACAUCAAACUCUGUGAUUUUGGUAUAUCAAAGGUACUUAUGCCUGGAGUAGCAGUACGAGAAAUAUUGGGUACUGUUGACUAUGUGGCGCCAGAAGUACUCAGCUACGAACCUAUAGGUCUCAGCACCGAUAUAUGGUCAAUAGGAGUACUAGCUUACGUUCUCUUAUCAGGCUACAGCCCCUUUGGAGCCGAUGACAAACAACAAACUUUCCUGAACAUUUCCAAAUGUUCACUAUCAUUCGAACCCGAACAUUUUGAAGACGUUUCCAGUGCUGCGAUAGAUUUCAUCAAAAGUGCCCUUAUCGUUGAUCCAAGGACUAGACCAUCUAUCCACGAAAUGCUAGACCAUCCUUGGAUAUCUUUGAAAAGCAAUAUUCCCCAUACCAUAACUUUGAAUGCAUGUGAACACCAAAAUAAACAAACAAACAACCUUACCCCCAAAUCGACGCCAAUAACUCAGCGCAAGAGUUUUUCCUGUAUUAGCGACACAACGAAACAGUCAGGACAACGCAAAACCACUUUCUGCACAGACACAUUGAACGGCAGUUUCACAGACUCCUCGUCAGUUCGUACGUACACAGUUUCAACCAAUUGUUUGUGUCCUCAAUGUGGUACGACAUGUCGUCACAUCACGCAUACGCCAGUGACUAAAACUACCAUCACUAUAGAUCGAGGCAUUCUGUGCUAGCUGUCGGUUUUGUCACAAUCACAAAGUAACCGGAAUUGGCACAUUUAGAUUUUUGUAUGGAAGCCAUGUCAAAAUCGACAUUUAUGUCAUUGUUACUUUAAUAUAAGGUUUAUGUAAUAUCAUGGUAUCUAAUUAGAUAGAUUCCAGUUACAAUCUAAAUUGGGAAAGGUACACAUUUUAUCAUAACUAUUAAAUAAAAAUUGUAUAAGGGUUAAAAAGCAGAGUACUAUUUACGCAUCAUUUGGAUUAAUAUAAAAACUUUAAUUUCUAUCAGUUUUUUCAAACAACCUUCAAUUCAUAUUAUAUACAUCCACAGUAAUGAAAUAAGCAGGACUCCAAGCUGUAAAAUGUCAAUUUUAAUAAGGCUUUUUAUUUCAAAUCACAUCCUCGGUAUAUUUUAAUACAAAACUGAUGAUUUAAUAAGAAUUAUUGAUGUAGCUCAAACCAAUUUAAUAAGGGAUGAAUACUCGUUGUUAAAGAAAACUUAUCCCACUGUUUCUUGCCACUACACCAACACUUAUAAUUACAUUUUCUGUAACACCACAUUUCUUUGAACUUCAGAGUCUGAAGACUUUGUAAUUAUAAGUGUUAUUGUAAUGGUAUAUAGUAUGGUAUAGAUAUCGCCAACAGUUCCAGAAACUCCAACGUUUUUCAAAGUAUAUUUCCAAUAAAAAUAAUAUACAAUCAUUUCUCUUUCUAGCUUAAACUUUGAAAAUAUUAUUAGAAAAGUUGUAAUAAUGCAUAGAAUAUUUGAUAAAUACGAUUUUUGACAUCGGCGUAUUCCAUCAUUUCUUUUAAGCCAAACAGAUGUUUAUUUGUGCUAUUGUUGGGAUGUACAGUGCUAUUUGUAUUUAAGUAUGAGUAAUUUAUAUUAUUUUGUUGCUUUAAUUUACUUUAAUUUGGUGUGUACCUAAAUAAAGUUAUUUGUUAAUUUCAAA